AUGACUGCUGACGACUGUGAAAAGAAUUUGCAAACUAGUGUGAAAAUCGAUGGAACUCUAUUUUUUCCAGAAUUGGAUUUGAAUACGAAGGCUGUUGUGCGGAUGUGCAACGGCCAGACGAUACUAAAUCACAUCUCUGAUGACAAACAACCAAAAACCUUCGCUUUUGACCACUCUUUCUACUCUACAGAUGUCAAUGAUCCUAACUUUGCAAGUCAAGAGGAAGUGUUCAACAGCCUUGGAUCAGGUGUUUUGGAAAAUGCAUUUGCCGGUUAUAAUGCGUGUAUUUUCGCUUACGGGCAGACAGGCUCUGGUAAAUCCUAUUCUAUGAUGGGUACUUCUGAUCAGCCUGGAAUUAUACCGCGCUUGUGCAAUGAGGUAUUCACAAGGAUCAAAGAGACCACAUGCGAAAGUCUUCAGUACAAAGUUGAAGUCUCCUUCAUGGAGAUCUACAAUGAACGUGUUCGAGAUCUUCUGGAUCCGAAAAAAUCAAAUAAACAUCAUCUUAAAGUACGAGAACAUAAGAUCCUUGGACCACUUGUCGAUGGCUUAUCUGUACUGGCUGUGGAUUCAUUUGAGCAAAUCGCCUCCCUUAUUGAAGAAGGAAAUAAGUCGAGGACAGUGGCGGCCACCAAUAUGAAUGCCGAAAGUUCCCGUUCUCACGCCGUAUUCAACAUAACGCUCACACAAAUCCUCAAGGACAUCGAUAAGGACUUUACUGGUGAAAAAGUAGCGAAAAUUUCUCUCGUUGAUUUGGCUGGAAGUGAACGAGCUGGUAAAACUGGUGCAAUGGGUAAACGUCUUGAAGAAGGUGGUAACAUUAACAAAUCGCUCACCACUCUCGGAAUGGUCAUUUCCGCUCUGGCGGAGCGCUCAAAUGGGAAAAAGGAGAAGUUCAUUCCAUAUCGUGAUUCAGUGCUUACUUGGCUACUAAAGGACAAUCUGGGUGGAAAUUCGCGUACAGUGAUGAUAGCUACUAUUUCACCUGCCGCUGACAAUUAUGAAGAAACGUUAUCUACCCUUCGCUAUGCCGAUCGGGCUAAGCGAAUUGUUAAUCACGCUGUCGUCAACGAGGAUCCUAACGCUCGCGUUAUCCGUGAAUUACGAGAGGAAGUCGAGACUCUUCGUAUGCAGAUCAGCCAAACUUUGAAGGAACAUUCGGAGACCGCGGAAUUGCGAGAACGUCUAGCUGAAAGUGAGAGACUUGUGGCACAAAUGAACAAGUCAUGGGAAGAACGCCUAAAGGAAACUGAGACGCUUAAUAAGGAACGGCAGCGUGAUCUCGCUGAGAUUGGUAUCUCCAUCGAGUCAAGCGGAAUAAAAGUGGAAAAAGAUCGUUUCUACCUAGUCAAUCUUAACGCAGAUCCAUCGCUCAACGAAUUACUGGUUUACUACAUCAACUCAUCAGCAAUCAUAGGCAAUCUCGAUGAAAUUGAAACCAGCCUUGAUUCGGGAUUGGGAAAUUCAGUAGAAGAUCUCGACAAGAAAGAAACUACUGAACGGACCAGUAUUGUACUUCGAGGUUUGGGAGUUAUGAGGCGGCAUGCUAGGUUGAGUGUGGUCGAAGAAAGAGGUCGAUCUAGACUGUACGUUGAACCGCUAUCGACUGAAGGAAGAGUAUGUGUUAACGGAAGGGAAAUCUCCGAUCGUACACCGCUAAGACACGGUAAUCGACUGCUGAUUGGCAUGAACCACUUUUUCCGAGUGAACUGUCCAAAGGAUGUCGACAUGACGCAGUCAGUAUUGGAUGAAAGCGUUCUAUUCGACUAUAACGACGCUUGGCAUGAGGUGAACGGGGAUGGAGGAGGAAAUCCAAUCUCAACAGCGGUCGAUCAGUACAUGGAACAGGUCACGCUGAAACAUCAGGAAGAUAAGCAAGCAGCUCUCGAACGUCAAUAUGAAGCCUUCGAGCGCUACAUACAGAACCUAACAGCGGGCGGCUUUACUCCUUCGACACCAAUGACUCCUGGAUACGGUUUUGGAACUCCACUUGGCACUCCUGGAUCAGCACUUCCACCUUUUCCAUUCCCAGCUAAUCCGAAGCAGAUGGUUCGCAGCAAAUUCUUCUACUGGGCACAGAGGAAAGAGGAAAUGUUUGCUGAAUCGUUGAAACGCUUGAAAAGUGAUGUGAUCCGCGCCAACGCUCUCACUCGUGAAGCGAACAUGAUCAGUCGUGAGCUUGGCAACAGUCGUAGACAGACCACCUACGACGUGACUCUCCAAAUACCAGCAGCAAACCUUAGGCCAAGCAAAAUCAAGGCAGGAACAUUCGUGUGCGAGCCAGUGAUUGUUGUACGUCGUUCGGGUAUGAGUGGAAGUCAACUGUGGACCGUGGCACAAUUGGAGAACAAGCUAAUUGAUAUGAGAGAAAUGUAUAACGACAAGUUAAACGGAGUACCGAGAGCGCCAUCAUGUACGUCAAGCCCCGAAAGCUCCCCAUUCCGCUCGCUACCACCGUCAUCUCCCGAUGAAGUGAUGAUCGAUCCAUUUUUCGAGAGUCAGGAACACCAUAAUCUCAUCGGCGUUGCCAAUGUUUUCCUCGAAGUGUUGUUUCAUGACAUGAAACUCGACUAUCAGGUUCCGAUCAUUUCGCAUCAAGGUGAGGUUGCAGGACGCCUUCAUUCACCUGACCGGGAGUUCAGUGAAGGUCUGGAAAGGGCUGAAGGACUACUGGGCAAAGUGAUCACCUGUAGGGUGCGCAUCAAGAAGGCUUCGUCGCUACCUGAGUCACUGUCGCAUUUCGUCUUCUGUCAGUACUCUUUCUUCAAUCUGUCCGAAAUGCUUGUUGUCGCUCCGGUAUUUGACCCAUCGGAAGCAUCUGAGACUCAAACACAAGCCACUACAUUCGUGUUCGACCAUGAAAAGGACUUCAAAGUUGUCGUGACAGAAGAGCUUCUCGAGUAUGUGCAGGAUGAUGCCCUUUCGAUUGAGGUAUGGGGACAUCGAAACGGGGGCGCACUUGAAAUGGGCGAGCCAAGGUUGGAUGCCGAAGAGAAGAACAAGUCACUGCAGGCGAGAUGGUCUGAAGUGUCGAGGCGACUCGAACUGUGGACUGAAUUCCGCGAGCUUAGCGAAACUGGCCAGUGGGUACCAGUUGAAGUGCGACAGCAAGAAGACGUGGCUACCGGUGGAGUUCACCAACUCAAGCAGGGUCAACAAAGACGUCUCGUUGUGGGUUUGUCACUGCCACAACAUGGCGCUGGUCUGCCUCUUAGUAUAGAUACGAUAACAAGUGUAAGUAUUGGAUGUGUAUGUGUAUCUGAAGCGGGUGAUCGAAGAUUGUUCGAUAGUUACCAGGAAGAAGAUCUUGAACGACUACGCGCCCAGUGGACACUGGCACUGCAGAGUCGGCAGAAGUACCUCGAACAGCAAUUGGACUCGCUCUGUUCGAAAUCCGCCAAAUCCGAAGCAGAACUGGAACGUGAGCAUUCGUUGAUGGGACAGUGGAUAUCGCUUACAGAAGAGCGUUCAGCAGUUUCAAUUCCUGCUCCGAAUUCAGAUAUACCUGGAGCUCCGUGUGACUGGAUUCCUCCCCCUGGUGUCGAGGAGCACGUGCCGGUGUUGUUUCUGGAUUUGAAUUCGGAUGACAUGACAGGAGAAAUGACAAGUGAUGAGAACACUCCUCGAAUUGCCGGGAUGCAUUCAUUUCUGCCGAAGGAGGAAAGUGGCGGUCCAUUGGUCAUGCUCCCGAUCGUGCAUUUUGACGACAAGGAGCUGAUUGCUACUUGCUCUUGGGACAGUUCAAUACACGAUCAUCCAGCUCUUAAUGUCCCUUCAUCGUCGAACGAAAAAGUGUACGCGAUAGUAAAGGUCGGUGUACGUCUCUCACAUCCGUGUUCCAUGGAAUUAGUCCUUCGCAAACGGGUUUGUCUCAAUAUUUACAAGAAGGCUAGCUUAACGGAUCGUAUUCGGAAACGAAUCGUUGGAUCGGAGACAUUACAUCGUACUGCUGUGUAUUAUGACGUCGUUGCACAUCUGCCCAAAUCUUCUCACGACAUGGAAGAACGAUCUUCGUUAGCGUUAAUGGCUGCUCGUCACACGACAUCGUCUGAAGACGAUCAAAAUGCUGUUGGCGAUGGUGGCAGGCAUUCAAAUAGACAGCUGAGUUAUAUCGAAGCGUAUACAAAGUCCAUUCAAGCAGUUGAAUCGAUGUUGAAAUUGGAUCGGCUACGGCAAGAGGUGGCCAUCACAAACAUGCUCAGUCGGAGAGAUAGGCAGCAGCGACUUUCUCAUUUUGGAAUGCCGAGCCAGUCAUUUCGGAUGAAACGUGCAGUUAGUCUCCCGAACACUAUCUCACUGGUGGGUAAUCGUUAA